AUGACGACAGCCGUGUCUGGAUGCAAGUUUUGCGACAUAGCUAACUACAAGAAGGAUUUGCAUCUUAGAGAGUCAGAAAAGUGCGUUAUUAUUCGGGACAUUAAACCGAAAACACCGCAUCAUUUCCUUGCCGUCAGCAAAGCUCACAUCAACAAACCGACAGAUCUCACUGCAGCUGACAUUCCGCUACUGGUCGAUAUGGAAAAGACGGGCCGAGAGUAUCUUCGAGCAGAGUUGAAAGCAAAAGGAGAAGCGGAUACUGUAGAAGAUAUGCUUCGAGUUGGAUUCCACUGGCCACCGUUGAUCACCGUCAAUCAUUUACACAUGCACAUACUGUAUCCCAUAAGCGAGCUGGGCUUCUUCUCCCGUCAUUUGACGUUCCGUCCAGGAAAAGUUUUUCGAACCACGACUGAAGUGAUUGAAGAACUAAGGAAGGAGGCCAAAAUUCCAGAUCCUCUUCAGAAUAACCCUGCAAAGGACGAUGAACCGGAAGCUUUGCCAGCACACGCUGUCGUCAAUUAA